AUGAGCCACCUCUUCGGUGCCCGGCUGCCUGCCCUGGCCGCCUCGCCCAUGCUCUAUCUGUACGGCCCCGGCCCCGACAGGCCCGGGCUGCCGCUGGCCCUCGCCCCCGCCGCUGCCCUGGCGGCCUCCGGCCGCGCGGAGCCCCCGCAGAAGCCGCCCUACAGCUACAUCGCGCUCAUCGCCAUGGCGAUCCAGGACGCGCCCGAGCAGAGGGUCACCCUGAACGGCAUUUACCAGUUCAUCAUGGACCGCUUCCCCUUCUACCACGACAACCGCCAGGGCUGGCAGAACAGCAUCCGCCACAACCUCUCGCUCAACGAGUGCUUCGUCAAGGUGCCCCGCGAGAAGGGGCGGCCGGGUAAGGGCAGCUACUGGACGCUGGACCCCCGCUGCCUGGACAUGUUCGAGAACGGCAACUACCGGCGCCGGAAGAGGAAGCCCAAGCCUGGCCCCGGCGCCCCGGAGGCCAAGCGGGCCCGCGCGGAGACGCAGGGGCACAGCGCGGAGGAGGGGAGUGGGGCCGGGCCCCCGGGCCCCGCGACUCCGCGCCUCGGGGGAGCGCCCGCGCGCCCCGCGCCCCUCCCUGACGGCCCUGCUCCCGAAGCGCCCAGCCCCUGGCUGGGGCCGGAGGAGGACGCGGGCGACGGGGUCCGGGGCGCAGCGGCCGCGGCUGCCGGCCCGCCGGCGCGCCCCGCCUCCCGCAGCUCCGACAAGCCCAAGAGCUUCAGCAUCGACAGCAUCCUGGCGGGGCGGCAGGACCAGAAGCCGGCGGGAGGAGGCGACGGCCCCGGGGGCUCGCUUCUGGCCGCCGCCUCCGGCCUCCGCCCGCCCUUCAACGCGUCCCUGAUGCUAGACCCGCACGUCCAGGGCGGCUUUUACCAGCUCGGGAUCCCCGUGCUGUCCUACUUCCCGCUGCAGCUCCCCGAGGCGCUGCUGCGCUUCCCCUAG